GAGCGCCAUUAGUGCAAAUUUCUCCACCUUUGCGCGCACUGGACCCCUUUCAACCAUCUCCCACUGCUCCAUUCUUUAUUCAUUUCUUCUAUCGGACACUGUUCCUCAAUUUUCCCAGUCAAAGUCUCUCAACCCUUUUUCUCCUCCCUUUUCUCUCUUUAUAGGCCCUUCAAGAUUCCUUCCCAAUUCGAUUCCACCCUUUUGAAUAUUUGUUUCCCCUCUUAUAUCUGCCCUCUCUACUUCGUUUGUUGCUGAGAUCUAAGUCUGUGGGGGUGAACUGUAAGAAAACUGGUCAGGCUGCGAGAUUUCGGGCCAGUCCCAUGGGGAUUUGCUUAAGCGCCAGAAUUAAAGCUGUUAGCACAUGCAGUACUGGUACAGGAGGAACUUUAAAUGGCGUUAGUAAGGAUGCAAUCGAUAUCUCUAGUUCGAGUAGCAACAGCAAAUUCUCAUCGACAUCAAUAUCCCGGAGUGAGGAUGAGAUCCUGCAGUCAUCAAAUCUGAAGAGUUUUAGUUUCUCCGAACUUAAGCUAGCCACUAGGAACUUUCGCCCCGAUAGUUUGUUGGGGGAAGGUGGGUUCGGUUCAGUUUAUAAAGGUUGGAUUCAUGAGGAAACAUCUUCUGCUGCCAAGCCAGGGUCUGGCACAGUUGUUGCGGUGAAAAGGCUUAACCUCGAUGGUCUCCAAGGUCACAAGGAGUGGCUGGCUGAAGUCAAUUUCCUGGGCCAACUUCAUCAUUCUCAUCUAGUGAGACUGAUAGGCUAUUGUUUGGAAGACGAACACCGGUUGCUGGUGUAUGAAUUCCUUACCAGAGGCAGCUUGGAGAACCAUUUGUUUAGGAGGGGGCUGUAUUUUCAACCUCUUUCGUGGAGCCUUCGCUUGAAGAUUGCUCUUGGCGCUGCAAUGGGGCUAGCUUUCCUUCACAGCGACGAAAACAAAGUUAUCUAUCGCGAUUUCAAGACAUCAAAUAUACUCCUUGAUUCAGACUACAAUGCAAAGCUCUCCGACUUUGGCCUUGCUAAGGAUGGACCGACGGGCGACAAAAGUCACGUCUCCACCAGAAUUAUGGGGACGUAUGGAUAUGCAGCUCCUGAGUAUCUGGCCACAGGUCAUCUUAGUGCAAAGAGUGAUGUGUAUAGUUUCGGGGUGGUUCUGUUGGAGAUUUUAUCUGGUAGAAGAGCAAUAGACAAGAAUCGACCACCGGGGGAACAGAAUCUGGUCGAGUGGGCCAAACCCUUUCUUGCUAAUAAACGCAAGACUUAUCGUUUACUUGAUGCACGAACCGAACGCAACUACUCCAUGGAAUCAGCUAGUAGAGUAGCAAUUCUUGCAUCACGUUGCCUGUCUGCAGAACCGAAGUUCAGGCCGAGUAUGAGAGACGUUGUAACGACAUUAAAGGAUCUCCAGGAUUUGACAGGAAAUGGAGGUAGUGGGAAUAGAAGAUGCAGGAGUGGUAAUGCACAGCACAAGGAAGUGUCUGCUUAUCCUAGACCAUCUGCAUCAGCUCUGUUUACAUAAGCCGGGGUCGAGGGGAGCGGAUUGUAUAGUGUUCUUAGUUCAUUGCAACUAAUGUAUAUUAAAAGUUGAGAUUCCAAAUUGCCUUUUCCCUUUAAAAAACAUUUCCACUCUCACCA